AUGGCUUUGGAUUACACUGCCUUUUACAAUGUCAUCGACAACGAGUUGACUUCCACAACGCAAACCCGUCAUGGCAUUAACCCAGCCAAUUGCCAGCCUAACCCUGAAGUGCCCGUCUCAACGGCAGAAGAUCUCGAUCGCGCAGUGGACGCUGCUAGCCGAGCGUUUCGUCAAUGGUCACGGACCUCGUAUGAUGAGCGCCGCACUGCCAUCCAUUCCUUUGCUGAUCGCAUCGCGGCAAAUAAGGAAGGUAUGGUGGGACUUUUGUCCCGCGAGCAGGGCAAAUCACUGAGCCAGGCAUCGACCGAGCUUGACAUGGCCAUUCAGUGGACUCGUUCGCUCAGCUCCAUCAUUAUUCCCAAGACGGUCGUCAAUGACACAGACGACCGGGAGGUAAUUCAGCGCUAUAUUCCCAUCGGUGUAGCCGCUGCUAUUGUGCCCUGGAACUUUCCCGUGCUGCUGGCUAUCGGCAAGAUUGUCCCGGCUGUGUACACGGGUAAUACUAUCAUCGUAAAGCCCUCCCCAUACACGCCAUACUGUGGUUUGAAGCUGGCGGAAUUGGCAACGCAAUGCUUUCCACCUGGCGUGGUGCAGGCUCUCAGUGGGGGCGACGAUCUGGGACCGAUGAUUACCGAGCACCCGGGUAUUCAGAAGAUUAGCUUCACGGGCUCGAUAGCUACGGGCCAGCGAGUCAUGGCUAGUUGUGCUAAGACGUUGAAGAAGGUGACAUUGGAACUGGGCGGGAAUGACCCCUGCAUUGUGUGCGAGGAUGUAGACAUUGAUGCUAUAAUUCCUCAGAUUGCUUUCCUCUCCUUUUUGUGUUCCAGUCAGAUCUGUAUGAUGAUCAAGCGUCUCUAUGUGCACGAAAAGAUUUACGAUGAGUUCCGCGAUAAACUCGUCCAGCAUGUUCAAAGCUUGAAGAUGGGCGAGGGAACCGAGCCGGACGUAUUCAUUGGGCCUCUGCAAAACAAGAUGCAGUACGACAAGGCCACUGACCUUCUUAACAACAUUCAUUCCAGCGGACUGAGCACCUUCUCGUGUAAUCCCCCAGGCCGAACAGGCUACUUCAUCACCCCAACAAUCGUCGACAACCCGCCCGAGACAUCCCGAGUGGUCCAAGAGGAGCCGUUCGCCCCUAUCCUGCCUCUCCUAAAAUGGUCCGACGAGACGGACGUACUAGCACGCGCCAACAACACAGACUACGGCCUAGGAGCAUCCGUCUGGAGUCGCGACCUGCAGCGCGCACGACGCAUGGCAGAUCAGCUCGAGGCGGGCUCAGUCUGGGUGAACUCACAUUUCGAAUGUGCGCCAUUCGCACCAUUCGGCGGACACAAGAAGAGCGGGCUUGGAGUCGAGUGGGGAUUGAACGGACUGACAGGAUGGUGCAAUUCGCAGACACUGUGGUUACCAAAGCUUUAAUC